AUGGCCGCAAGACGUGGAUGGCCACAGUAUAUGUACUCCGAUAAUGGAACAAACUUGCGAGGAGCGAAUACGGAACUGAAGAAGUCUAUAAAAGAUCUAGACGAAGAUGUGUUGAAAGAUAAGGCUUCCAAUCACGGAAUCAAAUGGACCUUCAUACCGCCCGCGAGUCCCCACUGGGGCGGGGCAUGGGAGAGGCUCAUCAGAAGCGUGAAGACCAGUUUGAAAGUGAUUUUAAACGAACGCGCUCCCAGAGAGGAAACUCUGAACACUCUCUUGACGGAGGUGGAAAACAUGGUGAAUAGCCGGCCCUUGACUCACGUCUCUGUGAACCCGAAUGACCCUGAAACGUUAACCCCUAAUCAUUUCUUGCUGGGAUCGUCAUCUAGCUUACCUCAAAUAGGAAAAUUUGACAAUUCAGAUACGUACAUGAGAAAACUAUGGCGAAGUUCACAAAGAUUAGCCGACAUGUACUGGCGCAGAUGGGUCAAGGAGGUACUUCCAGACUUGAUACCCCGUAGGAAAUGGCAAGAGGAACGUAAAAACUUACAAGUGGGCGAUCUAGUGCUUAUAGUGGAUCCAGACGGUCCCCGAAACUCUUGGCCUAAAGGAAUAAUUCUAGAAGUGAUACCCGGAAGAGACAAUAGAGUCAGAAUGGUGUUACAACCUAGGAACGGACCGACUGAUGUUAGUAUGCGUACCGCUAAGCCACUAGGAAUACGCAUGAACGAAUUAUACAACUUAAACGAUGACGAUAAUAAUUAUAACAAUUCUGAAAUUCAGAACCCUUCAUACGAUGAUUAUAGUAAUACAGAAGUAAUGGAAGAGUUUGAAACAUUAGAAACUGAUCAAACCGAAGAAUACGACCCCGUAGAAGAAAAUUUUCACAUAAUUACCAACAACCAACCCCCGAAAUAA